AUGGCGCUGUUCAGUUCUCAUGAUGAAGUUAAUUGCGAAAUAGAUAGUUAUUAUUCACAUUCCGCGGUUGGCCUACAAAAUGUUACAAACGGUAGUAAAACUAACAACGACGAUGACAACACACAUGUAACACCUAGUGCCAAUAUUGCUUUCUCAGCAUUAGUUCCAUCAUUGGUGCCACAACAUUUGUUACGUAAAACGCCACUCGAAGAUGAAACAGUCGAGUAUGAUGAAUUUGGAUUUCGAAUUGAAUCGUAUGAUGAAGAAAGUGGAGAUGAAGAACAUCAGCAAGAACGUCGGGAAUAUAUACCUUAUAUUGAAAAUGAACAACAAAAAUUAAAAUGGUUAAGUUUUCUAGAUUCGACGUAUCAUCUAGAUGUUGUCAAUGGUAUUACAGAACAGCAACUGCUUCAAAUUGAACCAAAGCAAAUUAAACAAGAUGAUAAAUUUCUUAAACUCUUAUCCGAAUCUCCAAUGGGCAUACCACAUUCUCAACGACCUCUGUUGUGGAUGUGUCUAAGUGGAUGUUUGAAAAAAAAACAUUCGACUAAAUUAAGUUAUUCAGAUAUUCUUAAACAUUGUAAUAAUGAUCAACAAUUGUAUUCGAAACAAAUUGAAAAAGAUUUGUUGAGGACAUUACCUACAAAUGUGUGUUUUAUGAAAAUGAAUUCAAGUGGAAUAUCAAGAUUGAGAAGAAUAUUGCGAGCAAUUGCAUGGCUAUUUCCAGAUAUUGGUUAUUGUCAAGGUACAGGUGUUAUUUGUGGCACAUUGUUAUUAUUUUAUGAAGAAGAAGAUACAUUUUGGAUGAUGUGUACACUUGUUGAAGAUCUAUUACCCGGUCAAUAUUAUUCGGUUUCACUCUUCGGUGUUCAAGUUGAUAUUCGUGUAUUUCGUUAUUUAAUUCAAAUUUAUCUUCCACAAAUUAACGAAUUAUUUCUUAAACAUGAUAUUGAUUUAACACUUAUCUGUUUUCAAUGGUUUCUUACAUUAUAUUCCAAUGUAUUUCAUAUUCGUCUUACUCUAAGGAUAUGGGAUUAUUUUUUUUUGAAUGGUAGUAUUGUUCUAUUUCAAAUUGGUCUUACAUUACUUAAACAACAUGAACCUAUUUUAUUAAAAUUAGAUAAUAGUGCACAAAUAUUUAAUUUUUUAUGUGAAUUACCAUCACUGUUUGAAUUUGAUCAACGAACAUUUAUACAAACAUCUCAUGGUUUAACACAACAACAAAUUGAUACGUAUAGAAAAAAAUUGAUGGCCGAAUUAAUGUCAGCUGAAGGUUUUACGAUUAAUCCAAAUGCACAAGUUACAAAUUUACCCAAAGAUAUUUUACAACGACGGCAUGGUUUACGAGGUUUAUACAGAAGACAGUUACAUGUUAAAUUAUCUUUUAGACGUUUUACAACAUCUCAAACUCAUUCAAUUCAAUCGUUAGCUGAACGUAAUAUUCAACAAACCGAAAUGUUAGUAAAUCUUCGAGAUUCCAUUUUAAAAAUUGCUAAACAUUUUAAAGAUAAUGAUAACACAAAUUCUUCGACUUUUGAUUUAAAUGUUGAUUAUUCCAUUGAGUCACACGUUAAAGAUCAUGAACAUUAUGCAAAUAUUUCAUUACAAAAAUGUAAACGAGCAAAAGCACUACUAGAUUUUGAAUGUCAAGAUUCAAAUGAAUUAGGUUUUAAAAAAAAUGAUAUUAUUAAAAUAUUAUCGAUGAAUGAUGAACACUGUUGGAUUGGUGAAUUAAAUGGUAAACAAGGUUGGUUUCCAGGAAAAUUUGUACAAUUGGUUGAUGAACGAUCAAAAUCCUAUUCAUUAGCUGGUGAUGAUAGUGUUGAUGAAACGAUAUCAGAUUUAGUGAGAGGAAAAUUGGCAACAAAUAUUAAACAAUUGUUUGAACAUGGAUUAAGAAAAUCAUCAGCCGUACUUGGUGGUAUAUGUCAUCCAUGGUUAUUUAUUGAAGAAGCAGCUUUGUAUACCAUUAAUAAAGAUUUUGAUAGUGUUUAUGCUCGAUUAAUAUUGUGUAAAACCUAUCGUCUCGAUGAAGAUGGACGAAUAUUAACACCAGAAGAAUUAUUAUGUCGAUCUAUUAGAUCAAUAAAUUAUACACAUAAUUUGGCUCAUGCACAAAUGGAUGUUAAAUUUCGUUCAUUCAUUUGUCUUGGAUUAAAUGAACAAGUUUUACAUUUAUGGUUAGAAACAUUAUGUUCAUGUACACAAAUCAUUAAUAAAUGGUAUUUACCCUAUUCAUUUUUAAGAUCACCAUGUUGGGUUCAAAUUAAAUGUGAUCUACGUGUAUUACAACAAUUUUCAUUUACAUUACAACAAGAUUAUGAAUUACCUAUGGGUUAUAAACAACUUGACGUUUGUUCUAGUGUAACAGAUAUGUUAAUUAAACAUCAUUUAUUUAGUUGGGAUUUAUAG